UGUGGCGCUGCGGUUCCCCGAGCCCGGCGCCAUGUUUGUGGUUGUGCCGCAGCAGCCGACGCAUGCUUGCAGCUGUGUUCCGUAAGUGUUGUGUGGUGUUCCCUAGCAUUUAGGUUUCUCGUGUGUUGCAUGUGGCGUUGGUUGUUUGCAAUACUGCUGCGUUGGAAGCUUCCUCUACGGAUACACGCUGUAAAGACUUGGAAAAGUGCCCACACCGGAGCACGUUGUUGCGCGACAAAAAGCUGCUGCGUACGUCUCAUUCGGCGCGACUGCAGUGUAACAUGCAACUCAGCGACUACGCAAAGUCGCUGCCUGACCCCGAGCGCAGCAGAUACAUCAUCAAAAUCGCGAAAUGCGGCGGAGAUGACCCGUUGGCGCUGUCCGAUGACCACUUUACGAACGAUGUUGCUUUUUAUCCAAGUGUCGACCGUGCGGACAUCAGAGACUAUCUAGUCCACGGGACGAGCUUCGUGACGCGGGAUCAGCUAAAGAGCUAUAAAUCCCUGGAGGCUCAUAAUUACGUCACCAGUGGUCUCGUGGAGCCACCAAGAGUGAAAGUUCGUGAUGGCAACGUCGUCGUCGUUGGAAAGGUCCGCCACUCUCAGGCGUUCAGAGAUAAGCUGCUGCUGCCGUGGCUGUUGAUUAAAGCUGACGGGGAAGUUUUGUGCGCGCACUGUACGUGCAUGGCCGGCCUCGGGGAGGCGUGCUCACACGUUGGUGCAGUGCUCUUUUAUUUGGAGGCUGUUGUGACACGCCGGGAUGGUCAAUCAUGCACAGAUGGGCAAAAUGCAUGGCUACCGCCUCAUCUCGUCAGUCUGGAAUGCCGACCGGUGGCAGAGAUGGACUUCGCGUCUUCCGCAAUGAAAAAACGCCGCCUGGACGACACUGAGGCUGCCCCCCGCGACCCACCAAGUGUUGAAAUGCCCAAGCCGAGAGAGGACGAGAUGUUAAAGUUUUUCUCGUCAUUGAGUAAAUCUGAGGGUAGGCCAGCACUUCUCUCGCUUGCCCAAAAAUUUGCUGACCCCUACAUUCCCUUGGGCUUGAAGUACCCUAAGCUCCUCCUCCGCAAUCUGCAAAGGAAGCAGUGCCCAAUUUCCUUGGAGGAUGUACAGGCAGAAUGCCGUAAUGUCUUGCAGGACCUCUCAAUUGAGCCUGAUGUGUGUGUACUGAUCGAGAAGCAGACAAAGGCCCAAUCUGCAUCCGAGAAGUGGCAUUUAUUUCGGACUGGACGCAUCACAGCUUCAAAUGCAGGAGCGGUAUUUGCAACUUCAUUGACCAAGCCUUCAAAGAGCCUGCUGAAGAGACUGUGCUACCCAGAGGACUGCAAAUUCCAGACUGCAGCAACUCAGUGGGGAAAGAAGAAAGAAGCUGCUGGGAGGGCAGCUUACAUAGAGGCAAUGCAGAAGCACCAUCUAGGCUUUAAGUGUGAAAUGUCUGGCCUCCACAUAAGCAUAGAGCGACCAUUUCUGGCUGCAACUCCUGAUGGCCUUGUACAUUGCAAUUGUUGUGGAGACGGCCUUCUGGAGAUAAAAUGUCCAUACUCUGCAAAAGAUGCACUUAUUUGCGAAAUUCCAGAGCGGCAACGAUCUUAUCUUGUAGUUGAUGGCAAUGAUGCAAAGUUAUUGAGAAACCAUCAUUACUUCAAGCAAACUGCUGAGCCUAAUGUAAGCAGCAUCAAGCCACCUUUCUACUGUCCUCGUUACGGUUGA